AUUUUCCCUAACCUAUACCCUUCGUGGUUCGUAGUUCCUAGUCCAACAACGUGUGCAUUCGCUACCUUAAACGCCCUUCGUAACCAUCGGAGAAAGCUGACAAUAAGACAUGGCAGAGAGGAGCAAAGAGCUUCUCCAGUUUGAGCACAAGGGCACGCCCCUUUCUUCCUUAGAAUCUGCUCUUCUUGUUUCUGACAAUAAAAGAGAAUCGGAAAUUCAAACUAGGAGACUCCCCCCUCAUGGCACGCCCCUCACUGCUCCACUUCCCCCAAGCCAACUUUUAGGGAAGGUUAAAGACUUCCUAGGAGUGAUGUCAGAAGCAAAUAAACGGCUGGAACUUGAUGCAAAGGAACAUCCCGAGAAUUAUGAUAUUGAAGAGCUAACUGGGAAUGAAUCCAAAGUUAUUGAAAUGGAUUUGAUGCUUGGUGUUGCUGAUCUUCAUACAUCAGAGGCGGUGGCUGCUGCUGAAUCUGCAAUUUCCACUUGUCAGCCAGUGAUUCCAUUGGCUGCUGAUGGUAGUGAAACAGAUUCGGAGGAAAGUAGUUCUGAUGAUGACAGUGGGGAUGAUGAAAUUGAAAGUGGUGACAAUUAUCGCGAUGAUGGAAACAACAGUGAAAAGCCGUUCUCUCAUGUUCAAGAAUCUAUUUCCGGCAAGGAUAAUAUUCAGGAAAAACAAAAAGGAAAAGGUCAUUCCAAAAAACGUCCAAGGAUAGUUGAGCUAUCAUGAGCCUAACGAGUUUUUAGAAUUGCGUCUAGUCACAAUACAUUUAUUCAUCUGGGGUUGGAGUUUUCUGUAUGACUUACUCGUUGAAAUAUAACCCCACAAUGGCCACAUCAAUGAGAAUACAGUGGGAAAAUUCCAAACUAGUACCAUUGUAUUUACGACCUCUCUGUCAGGGAUAGGUAAUGAAGUAACAAGACUUGCUACUAGGCUUUAUUGUAGAGAUCUUUAUGCCCCCUAUAGAAAUAUUUAAAUUGUUGCGAACGUGCAUUAUUUAAGUUA